UCCAAACGGAACCAAGCGCGAGUGAGUGAAAGAACCGAAGAGAGGCAAGGAAGGAAGAGAACAGGAGAGGAAACUAGACCAGUGAAGAAGAUGCAGGCUGCCAAGGAGAAGGUGAAGGACGGCGUGAGCGCGGUGAAGGCCAAGACCAAGAUCACGCGCGCCAAGGCGGAGGAGAAGGCUGAGGCGGCGACGGCGAGGUCGCACGCGGAGCGGGAGCUGGCGCACGAGCGCGGCAAGGCCAAGGUCGCCGCCGCCAAGAUGGAGCUACACCAGGACAAGGCGCUCCACCGCGAGGAGGCCAUCGAGCACCGCAUCCACAAGCACGGCGCCACCGGGUGCCUCGGCGGCCACGGCCACGCCCGACACAACAAGCAUGGGGUCGCGGCGGCGCCCGCUCCGCCGCCUGGUGCCGGGGCGUACUACCCUCCUGCCGCCGGUGCUGGCCACUACUAGGCAGCCGGCGGCCUGCAGGACGGCUCUAAGAUAGACGUCGUCGUUUGUACUGAGUAAUAAUUUCCACAUUGCCUGUGUUGUUGUUUGACGCACUACUAGGCGUGGCGUGCUUGCUGGCUUGUUUAAUGUAGGCUUGGAUCUAGCAGUGAUGUGAGCUGCAUGAUGCUUGUGUAUGUAUGCUAAUGGAAGACCCCAGAUGCUUUAAAUUUA